AUGGGUGACUUUGAGACGGGUACAGAGCACCGCGAGCUGCCGCUCGUUUUGGCGGAUAUUACGGUGCGGAGGAGCUGCAGAGAAGAAAAAGAAGAAGAGGAGGAGGGAGGAGGUGAUCGCUGUGACUGUUGGCUCAGCGAGGGUUUGAGCCUGUCAGCAGCCUCCCAGCAGCAGCCUCUCCUCAGGCCUGGACUAUCUAAAGCGAAAAAACAACAAGCAGCUAAACUUCCCAAGCCGACACCUUGCUCUGGUCCAGCCGCUCUGAUCCGCUCCAGUCCCAGUGUCAUGGCCUUCACCCUGUCAGAGAUCAUGGCAGCGAGACGGCAGCAAUCGCAGGCUCAGGCGCAAGCCCAGCGAGGCAACAGGACAGCGGUGGAGGUAGACGAAUACAGCACCAACCCCACUCAGGCCUUCACCUUCUACAACAUCAACCAGGGACGCUUCCAGCCGCCACACGUCCACAUGGUGGACCCGAUGCCCCACGACACACCCAAGCCGCCGGGCUACACCCGCUUUGUGUGCAUCUCGGACACUCACUCCCGCACCGACAGCAUCCAAAUGCCGUACGGAGACGUGUUCAUCCACGCCGGAGACUUCACUGAGCUGGGACUGCCCUCUGAGGUCAAGAAGUUCAACGACUGGCUAGGUACCCUGCCCUACGACAUCAAGAUAGUAAUUGCCGGAAACCACGAGCUGACCUUUGACCAGGAGUUUAUGGCUGAUCUGAUCAAGCAGGACUUCUACUACUUCCCCUCUGCCUCCAAGUUGAAGCCAGAGAACUACGAGAAUGUCCAGUCGCUGCUCACUAACUGCAUCUACCUGCAGGACUCCGAGGUCACCGUAAGGGGCUUCAGGAUCUACGGCGCCCCCUGGCAGCCCUGGUACUACGGCUGGGGCUUCAACCUGCCGCGGGGUCAGGCUCUCCUGGACAAGUGGAACCAGAUCCCCGACAACACAGACAUCCUGGUCACACACUGCCCCCCACUGGGUUUCCUGGACUGGGUCCCGAAAAAGAUGCAGCGCGUGGGGUGCAUGGAGCUGCUCAACACAGUCCAGAGAAGAGUCCAGCCCAAAUUACAUGUGUUCGGACACAUUCAUGAAGGUUACGGCAUGAUGACCGACGGCACCACGACGUUCGUCAACGCUUCGGCCUGCACGGUCAACUUCCUGCCCAUGAACGCGCCCAUCGUCUUCGACCUUCCAAACCCCCGGGCCACAUGA